AUGCGUGUUUUAGCUAAAAUUAUAAGAUCCAUAAUUCUUGCUGAUUUCAGUCGACCGGGAAUAAGGGAAUAUGAAGUCAUGAAGGAAACCGAUCAUGCUACUAAAUCAUCCUUUCAUGACCUUCGAGAUCGCGUUUCCAAGCUUGGGAGCUGGAAUCAAACAAAAACCAAUCGCGGGAUGCCAAAUGAGACGGAGGCCAUUAACAUAGAUGAAUUAGUAAUUCAAAAGAAGUAG